AUGGUUCCUACUACCCCUCUUGAGGCCCCUAGGGUCAUUACAGUGAUACAGGUGCCUACCCCUCUUGGGGCCCCAAGGAUCAUUACAGAGAUGCAGAUUUCUAUCCCACUUUUGGCCCCUAGGAUCAUUACAUGGAUACAGGUUCCUACACCUCUUAGGGCCCCAAGGAUCAUUACAGGGAUACAGGUUCCUACACCUCUUGGGGCCCCUGGGGUCAUUACAGAGAUACAGGUUUCUACCCCUCUUGAGGUACCUAGGGUAAUUACACACAUACAGGUUCCUACACCUCUUGGGCCCCCUGGGGUAAUUACAAGGAUACAGGUUCCUACACCUCUUGGGGCCCCUAGGGUCAUUACAGACAUACAGGUGUCUACCCCUCUUAUGGCCCCUAGGAUCAUUACAGAGAUACAGGUUCCUACCCCUCUUGGGGCCCCUAGGGUCGUUACAGAGAUACAGGUUCCUACACCUCUUGGGGCCCUUAGGAUCAUUACAGACAUACAGGUUCCUACACCUCUUGGGGCCCUUAGGAUCAUUACAGGGAAACAGGUUCCUUCACCUCUUGGGGCCCCUGGGGUAAUUACAAGGAUACAGGUUCCUACGCCUCUUGAGGCACCUAGGAUCAUUACAGGGAUACAGUUUCCUACACCUCUUGGGGCCCUUAGGAUUAUUACAGUGAUACAGGUUCCUACCCCUCUUGGGGCCCCUAGGAUCAUUACAGAGAUACAGGUAACGAAUUACAUCAUUAGACUGAUCAGCGAUACAACAAGGAGUACAAACACUUCAGAGUGUGUACCUAAAUUUGUAUAUUGA